AGAAAAACGGCCAAAGCAAACGCCAACACAUGCCACUUGUCAACCAGACGAAGCACGAUUACCUGCAUCCCACGCACCUACUCGGUCAUAACUAUGCAUCGCAGAUAAUCAGAUUCCGUCAAUUUCUUCAAAUUUUCUCUCCUUCGAUUUCAAUCGAUUCCCUCUUCCUCUCUUAAUCAUCAUCUCAAUUUACGCGCACCCUUUCCACGCUCAACAUAAUCUACCAACCCCAAAUUUUUUUUAAUCACUUUAUUUUUCAAUCUAGGGCUUUACAAUCAUACUCAAUCUGAAUCCCUCGAUUUGGGAAGAUCGUUUUUUCCCGGGGCAUCUCUUUACGAUUUGAGGACGUACCUCAUCGAAGGAGAUGAGCUUUCAAGAUCUGGAAUCAGGUCGGCUUACUUCUCGUCGGGAUUUCCCUAAUGGGAAACAAGACCCUACCCAAGCCGUGGCUUCUGGCAUUUUCCAGAUCAACACCGCCGUCUCCACCUUCCAGAGGCUCGUCAAUACCCUCGGUACCCCGAAGGACACCCCUGAGCUGCGCGAGAAAUUGCGCAAGACAAGGCAACAUAUUGGACAGUUGGUGAAAGAUACAUCUGCCAAACUAAAGCAAGCCAGUGAAACUGAUCAUCGGGUUGAAGUCAGUGCAUCCAAAAAAAUUACUGAUGCAAAGCUUGCUAAAGACUUUCAAGCUGUCUUGAAAGAGUUUCAAAAGGCGCAGCGUCUGGCCGCAGAGAGAGAAACAGCAUAUGCUCCUUUUGUUCCCCAGGCAGUCGUACCUUCUAGUUAUACUGCCAGCGAGGUGGAUGUUAAUUCAGAUAAGUCCCCGGAGCAACGAGUUUUGCUUCAAGAAUCACGGAGACAAGAGGUUUUACUUUUGGGUAAUGAGAUUUCCUUCAAUGAGGCUAUUAUAGAGGAAAGAGAGCAAGGUAUACAAGAAAUACAGCAACAAAUAGGUGAAGUUAGUGAGAUUUUCAAGGAUCUUGCUGUCCUUGUUCAUGAGCAAGGAGCCAUGAUUGAUGAUAUUGGGUCGAACAUUGAGAAUUCUCAAGCCGCAACUGCACAAGGAAGAUCCCAACUUGCUAAAGCAGCAAAGACCCAACGAUCAAAUUCAUCUCUGACAUGCCUACUCCUUGUGAUAUUUGGUAUUGUUCUCCUUAUUGUGAUCAUAUUGCUCGCUGCCUGAGUAGAAGAUAACAAACUCUAAAACCUCUACCCAAAAGUGAAGGUGAUCAAAAGUUUCAUUGCAAGGCACUAUGCAGAACAGUGUGCUGGUAAUCAUAGAAAUAUAACUACUUUUAUGAGAUAAUUGUGACGUAUAAAUUUCUCUUUCUUUAUUUGGGGGGAGGGGUUAUUGUAAAGUUUAUUCUGUUGGGGAACAGGAUGUGGUCUGGUCGUUGCUCGGAGGUUCUAUCUUCCCUGUCAAUAAAACUAGAAUUUGUUAUCGACACUCAACCUUGUGAAAACUAGAUGUUGUCUUGAUUAUCUUCUUCAAGUCGAAGAGAGUUCGUGUGGGUUC